CGGCUCUCCGCUGGAUUCGUACUCAAGUGCCACUAUUCAUUCGUACCGAGGAUGAUCCCUCCCCUCCUUCUAUCUCUCGACCAUGCUUUCAACUCUUCGCAUGCACACGGCUCUCUCGUCUUCUAUCUACUUUGAUAAACAAUUUCUUCCUCAGUAUACAUAAAGCUCUAUCUGAGGCUUUGGUAUCUAGUGCAUUUUUCUACUCCAACGAUGCGCUCGCUUCUUGUCUUAGGCGCUGCUUUUAGUGCCUUUAAUGGUGCAGUUGCUCAGCUUGCUGCAAAGAAGUAUCUCACCCUUCCGCUUGGCGAGGUACGAGCUCUUGGUUGGCUGAGCGAUCAGCUUGAUGUUCAGACCAAUGGUAUGGCCGGACAUUUACACGACUUCUAUAACUACGUCGAGGACAGUGACUGGAUUGGCGGCUCUUCUGCCUAUUCCAGCCUUGAAGAAGCCGGAAGCUACUGGUUCAACGGGAUGGUACCUCACGGCGUCCUCACCUCAAAUUCCGAGAUCCAGACCCAGACUUACCAAUUCCUUGACUACGUUCUCACUCAUCAAGAGACCGGCGGUUGGCUCGGACCGGAAGCAGGUAAUAACCGCACCAGAUAUCUCUGGGGCCGUUACCCAUUCUUCUUCGGGGCAAUCCAAAUGGUCGAAUACAAUUCGUCUCUUACGGACCGCGUUGUUGACGCCAUGCUCAAGUUCGUCCCUCUUGCAAACGAAAUGAUCAGAAAUGGAGAAGGGUUGGAGCCUUGGACGAACACAAGGUGGGGAGAUUUCGUAAUGACCCUUCAAUGGCUGUACGACUAUCAUCCCAAUGGGAACGAGGACCUUCUUUUGGACACCAUGCUCCAGCUCAAGUGGAGCGGCGUGCCGUGGGAGGAGGUAUUUAUGGCACAAAAUUUUCCCCAUGGGCCUGUAGAGGAUCUAGUGAAUCCCACCGGAUAUGUUCUGACCUGGCAUGGCGUGAACAUGGCAGAGGGUCUGAAGGCACUUCCCGCUACAUAUCGCUUCACUUAUAAUCAAUCUGACUUGGACCUCGUGUCCUCCGGUUGGGAUCUCUUGUUUGAGUAUCAUGGGAGACCCUCGGGAAUUUAUGGGGCAGACGAAUAUCUUGCAGGGAUGGAAGCCACGCGGGGAACUGAAUUAUGCGAUGUCGUAGAGACAAUGUUUAGCGGCUCGUACUUGUACCAAAUGAUUGGGGAUACAAAGUUCUUGGAUAGGGUCGAGAGAAUUACCUAUAACGCAUUGCCUGGAACACUAACAGGAGAUAUGUGGGCAAGACAGUAUGAUCAGCAGCAGAAUCAAAUUGCAUCGAAAAACAUGACAACAGAUCCCUUUGCUGUGAAUUCUGGCUACUCGAAUGUCUUUGGAUUGCAACCUUAUUACCCAUGCUGCACCGUCAACCACCCUCAAGGUUAUCCGAAAUUUGUAACCAAUUCCUUCCUGACUACUGCCGAUCAAUCUUCUCUCAUCCAAGCUUAUCUUGGUCCCUUGAAGACAUCUACGACCCUAUCCGGGAACAAUGCAGUGACCGUCAGCAUCGACACGCUAUACCCAUUUGGAGAUACACUAUCCUACAGCGUCACCGCAUCCAAGGCAUUCACAUUCUACGUGCGGAUACCAGACUGGGUCAUUAAUGGAACGAUUACAACGAAUGGACGCUCGACCAAAGCAGUGUCUCCUAGCAAUGGUUUAUUCGCAAUCAACAUUCCUUCCGGGACAACGAACUUCAUUUUGAAUCUUCCUGCCGAGAUAACCACUGAAAGCCGUCUCCACGGUGCUGUUGCUCUGCACCGAGGCCCGCUUCAUUAUGCACUCGACAUAUCCUUCAACAGCACAGUCAUCAAAGCGAACGCUGUCGAGCCCCGAGCCUCUGACUAUGAGUUUGACGCCACUUCAGCGUGGGCCUACGCGAUCGACCCAUCGACAGCCAAAUAUGUUUAUUCUCCCCCAGCCGAUGGCAUUCUCCCAUCACCAAUCUUUGACCAGGGAUUGCCCCCUGGUUCAAUUACCGUAUCUGCUUGCUCCAUCGAGUGGGGUCUCGCAGGAGAUACAUUCGUUAAUGUCCCGCCAACGAAACCGAACUGUACUGGGAGCAUCGAGACUAUUGUGCUUAAUCCUUACGGGUCGACCAAGCUGAGGAUUAGCGAGUUCCCGGUUUUCAGUUCUUGAAAGGAAAUGCGUACGCUCGAUAUCAAUUGGUGUGAUGGCGAGACGAAGUCAACUUGAAGCGCUCCAAUUCUUGUAUUAAUUUUUGUCUCUAUAACAAAUAUCUAAUGAUCUUAUGAGAAUCCACUCUGCGAGCUGUUGUCAC